GCGGCGGCGCCCGAUUGGCCGGCGGGCGGGCGCGCGCGCGCGCGGGGGGGCGGAAGAUGGCGGCGCUGGGCACCCCCCUGCGCACGCUGCGCGCGCUCCUGCGCGAGCUCCGCCACGCCGCCGGCCGCCACUAUCGCGACAGCCCCGCCUAUCGCCACGUGCUCGCGGCCUUCCGCGCGCACCGGGUGACCAGCGAGAAGCUGUGCCGGGCCCAGCAGGAGCUGCACUUCCAGGCCGCCACCUACCUGUGCCUGCUCCGCAGUGUCCGCGAGCACGAGGCCCUGCACCGCGAGUACCACGGCAAGGGCGAGCGCUCGCCCGAGGAGGUCGCCGGGCUGGUGGGCUUCAGGCUGCCCCAGCAGCCGGGGGGGAAAGGCUGACAUGGGUCUGCUGUGUAAACUCAUUAUUCCUCAAUAAAUAUCCUACGGCUACCGGAACA